AUGCAGAAUCGCAUCCACGACGACAGCAACAUUUUCACCGCGUCUGCCCUGCAUCGCCACCUGCGUCUGCUGGUCUCUUCUAGCGCGGCGCCAGCGUCCCAAUCGAUAAAGCCCCCAAAGGUAUUUUUGGGUCGCACCAGCCGCUCACUGCAGGGCAUUGCGCGACGUCACAAUCGCCUUGUUUGCAUUCCAGAGACAUGGGCGAGGUCGAACCUUAGCCCGUAUCGCUGUGGCGCCUUUGGUGUUGCUGCUGCCCCUGAGCGCGGCACAGCGGCAGCCUAG